AUGGCCGCACCCAAUGCCGACUACGCCGAGAAGGCCUUCCCGCUCGACCACGAGCACAAGCAGGCCGCCGUCGAGGCCCAGACCUACGACCUCGAGGACCCGCGCCGCACCGAGGGCCCCGACGAAGCCGCCGGCGCCGCCGCCCUCCACCGCACCAUGAAGUCCCGCCACAUCCAGAUGAUCUCGAUCGGCGGCGUCAUCGGCACCGGGCUGUUCCUCGGCACCGCCGGCUCGCUGGCCAAGGGCGGCCCGCUGGGUCUCAUGAUGGGCUUCCUGGUCAUGGGCACCGUGGUCUGGAACGUGAUGGCCUCGCUUGGAGAAAUGGUCUCGCAUCUGCCGAUCGCCGGCGGCCACGUCACGCUCGCGAAGCGCUUCGUGGACUCCAGCCUGUCCCUCACCAUGGGGUACAACUACUUCUACAACUGGGCCAUCGUCCUGCCCACGGAGAUCUCCGCCUCUGCCAUCCUCGUCAACUACUGGACCAAGGCCGUCAACAACGCCGUCUGGAUCACCCUGUUCCUCGUCAUCGUCGGGCUCAUCAACCUCGGCGGCGCCAGGUUCUACGCCGAGUUCGAGUUCUGGUUCGCAUCCAUUAAGGUGGUCACCAUCGUCGGGCUCAUCAUCCUCGGCAUCAUCCUCGAUGCCGGCGGGGGGCCCGACCGGGACGUGAUCGGGUUCCGCAACUGGCGCGAGCCGGGCCCGUUUGUCCAGCACCUGGGCAUCGAGGGUCCUCUGGGCCGCUUCCUGGGCUUCUGGUCGGUGCUCAUCCAAGCCGGGUUCUCGUACAUCGGCACCGAGAUCACGGCGAUCACCGCCGGCGAGGCCAAGAAUCCCAAGAAGUCCCUCCCCAGCGCCAUUAAGGGCGUCGCCGUCCGCAUCUGCAUCUUCUACAUCCUCGGCACCUUCAUCAUCGGCCUCCUCGUCCCCAGCAACGACCCCCGCCUCAACCUCGACUCCCACGACGCCGCCUCCUCGCCCUUCGUCAUCGCCAUCGAGAAGUCCGGCAUCCACACCCUGCCCUCGAUCAUCAAUGCGGCGUUGCUCUCGUCCGCCUGGUCCGCCGCCUCGAGCGACAUGUACACCUCCUCGCGCGCCCUCUACGGACUCGCGCUGUCCGGGAACGCGCCCGCCGUGUUCCGGAGGACGACGUCGUGGGGCCUGCCGUGGGUGUGUCUGCUGGUGUCGUUCGCGAUCGGCUUCCUGGCGUUCAUGUCCGUCGGCGCCGGCGGCGCGGGCAAGGUCUUCGAGUGGCUCUCCACCAUGUCGAGCGUCACCGGCCUGCUCACCUGGGUCGGCAUCCUCAUCACCUACCUCCGCUUCGACGCCGGCGUCAAGGCCCAGAACAUCAACCGCGACCAGUUCCCCUACAAGUCCUACCUCCGGACCGGCGGCGCGAUCUAUAGUCUGGCCAUGUGCUGUCUGAUCCUGCUCUUCAACUCCUACUCCGUCUUCAUCAAGGGCCACUGGAACACCGCCACCUUCAUCACCGGAUACCUGCCCAUCCUCGUCGCCGUCGCCAUGUACUUCGGCAGCAGACUCUACCGCCAUCGGACCGGCGCCCGCACGGCCAUCGUCGGCCUCCACGAGAUGGACUUCUACACCGACUCGCGCGACGAGGCCCUGGCUGUGAGCCGCGUCUGCAGGACCCCGACGCCCCUCCUCCUUCGUUUCUUUCGCUUCUUCGCACGCAGCACGCUCUUGCCUACUUAUCCUCCCGCACAACUUGCCGCACAGAUCUCCUCGUCCUCGCCUUUGUGUCUAUUCGCUUGUAGUCAAUGA